AGAAAGGAUCGGCGGUAACGUUUCACUCAGUUUUGAACAGUUUUUUGUUUCUGCUUUUAACUUCUGUUAGUGGACGCGAUCGACUUCCCUCGCCUGCAUCGAGGUGUAUGAGUCCAGGUGAUGAUCCAUGAUGAUAUGCAUCAAAGGGCCGCUCUGAGCUUGACGCACACCUUGGCCUUGGCAACCUGUGGGAAGGGGUGGUGAAUCUGCCCCCCUACGGUGUGACCAUGGUCCGAGCUCAGCAGAGCCACCCAGUGAAACGAGGGAAGCCUCGGAAAGAGAGGGAAUGCAGUGGAGCUGGAGUGAGGGGGAAAAGCAAGCCGAGAGGGAAGAAAAUGAAAAAGGAGAGGAAAAGAUCAUAUAGAACUAGAAUAAAAACAAUGACAGCAGGUGAUGGAGAUGCACUGGACUGUUGUGUCCUUCUCACCCGUCUGGAGCAGAAAGAGGCAACAGGGAAAAAAAAGGAUACGCCAAGGGGUGGGAAGCGAAACGGUCCAAAAGUGAAACGGAAGCAUUGUUUCAGCUCCAUACAAAGAAGGACCAAAUCUUAUGAACCCAGACAAAAGAAAACUUCAGUAGUCAAUCAACAAGCACCAGAACCAAAAAUCAACCAAGCAGACGCCUUACUCGCAUUUCCAACCCCCAUCAUUGAGCCUCGCAAGCGGAGAAUGGCCUCUCUCAAUGCAGAGGCUGUCAACAGCUUGCUGCUCUACAGAGACUAUUCGCUCUCAUCCAGUGUCCACAAGAAACAACGUCCUAUCGAGAGUCUAGCUAAAGAUAGCCUCACUAAAGCCACAGCUGUUUGCAUAGAUAAACCUAACAAGCAGGAGACCAAAAAGAUUCCCAGAGGAGAGAAACAAGAUCCAAGUGAAAGAUGCAAAAAACAGAAGAGAUCAAAGGUGAAGGCCGAUAACAUCGACUGGUUGACUUUGCUCACCCCAACGCCUAGACGUCAGGCUGGUCUUACCGCAGCAACGCUGCUGAAACUCACCAGUGCCCUGUAUGUGAACAAACGUACAAGAAAGACUGACUCUAAACCACAGAGUGAGAGCAGGACAACCGCAGUGCAGAAUAAUCUCACCCGUGAACCUGACUGUGACAGUGGGACACCACAGACCAAAAUAUCAACACAUCCCAAACUCGAAGGGCAUCUACAUCAUGGAAAACAGGGUACAGAGAAUCCAGUCCAUACAGCCCAGUUGGGAUCUAAUGCACAGAGAUGCUGUAGUCUGUGUAAAACGGGGACUUUGGAUCCCGAGGGAAAGUGGACUGGGACUUCAGGGGAGCAGGUGUGUCAUAAACAUAGACGCCGCUGCAACUCUGUCACAGGGUUAUCCCUGAAGCCUGUCAAAGAGGAGCAGGUGGAGACUGAGGUGUCUCCCUGCUGCUGUUCAAAGGAGAGGUGUGUGGAGUACUUCCACCGGCUGGCCCUCUUCCUGGGAGAGAAAAAUUUUGAGGAACCGGAGGACGGUUCACUGUCAAACGUGUUCCACCACUACCACCAUCACCACCACCACCACCACCACCAUCUCCAGUCCCCACACUCUAUAGCCCACCCAGCAGCCAUACCCAUCAGCCCCCAUGCUUAUACCUGUUUUCCUGGCUACUACCUACACUAUCGUCAUCCAGACACCUCCCCCACUUCCAUACCCUCCAUUGGUCUAUGUCCCAAGGGAGGCAAGAGACCCAAGCUGCUCCCAAGUACAAAUCCCCCACUGUCGGGGAUCUCCCAUCCAGUGUACUGCUGCACCUCAGUAGAAGCAUGCUAUGGAGAACCUUGCAGGAUCAAUGGCUUCUCAUCCUACUCUGGUUUAAUACCAACCAUCCCCAGAAGAGGGUGCUCUUUUGGUAACACAGACCACACCAAAUGUAACUACAGAAUCAAAAGAGAGGACUACUCAUCAGCCCUCAAUAACCACCACAGCCCCUCCUCCAUUCCCAUCUCCCCUAAUCCCCGAACCCUCACAGGCUGCCCUGUGCCCACUGUGCCUCCAGCUGGCCAAUCGGUGCCCCAUGUUCAGACCCCUCUCUCAGACCCCAGCCAACCACAGCCUCCGCUGCAGGUGGCGAAGGAGUGUCCGCAGACCGCAAAAGCACCCAGUGGGUCAAGGUCUGGUGUACGCGGCACCGGCGGCGUCAGCUCUGCUGUCCGCCCGCUCAACAGGGACAAGAAACAGAAGCUUGGCUCUGCCAACAUCAGAGGUCGAGUGGUUGCCAAGCAGCCAAAGAACGACCGCCAAAAAGCCACCAACGGUUGGCGGGCCGUCGGCCUGCCCUUUCAAAAGGAGGUUUACACUGUGGGAGAGGAGGCUCUGGUAACAAGGACGUGUUUUGAGGGGGUACAGAGGGAUGGCGAGGUGAUCUGGGUCAGAGACACUGUCCUUCUGAGAUCUGGGCCCAGGAAGAAGUCUCUGCCUUAUGUCGCCAAGAUUUCUGCCCUUUGGGAGGACCCUGAAACAGGAGAGAUGAUGAUGAGUUUGUUUUGGUACUACCGCCCUGAACACACACAGGCGGGACGCAACCCCAGCCUGCAUUGUGAGAAUGAGAUCUUUGCAUCUCGCCAUCAGGAUGUGAACAGUGUGGCCUGCAUUGAAGACAGGUGCUAUGUCCUAACAUUAGCACAGUACUGUCGAUUUUGUGCCUUGGUAAAGUGCCGUAUGGAGGGUGUACGUGAAAGCGCCACCUCUGUUCUCGUGCCACCCGCUGUCGGCCAUGUCAUGCCCACCCAUCACUGCGUCCCCGACGACGUUGACCCCGAGCUGGUGUUUGUCUGUCGACACGUGUAUGACUUCCGCUAUGGGCGUCUACUCAAGAACCUGCAGUAGCAGCCAGCAGGUCAUGACACACACAGUGGAGAAUAUGAAAUAACGCUACUGUGGUGCACUGGGUUUCAUCAUCCAGACCCGUUACAAGCUACCUACCUACCACCUCUCCCAGAGAGCAAUUGGGAGUGCUGUCAAAGGAGAUCAUAGUGCUGUGGCAGUUUGGGAGGGAAAGUUUUGGAGAUGAGCUAAUUUUACUGAGGACCAUCAUCUGCGCUGAGAAGCCACACAUUCAGGAAUAAUGAGAAAAGGAUUAAUUGAUACAGUAUAUCGGAUUUAUUACAGUAAUUUAAACUGUCAUUGUCAUGCAUGAUAUAUCAGAGAUGUUAUGGCAAUGUAAGUGGUCAUUGUCACAUUUGAUAUAUCAACGAUAUUAGAGCAGUGUAAAUGGUCAUUAUCACAGGGUACAUGACUUCUGAUAUUAUACCACCUACUCGAGGGAGCUGUAGAGAAUCCGGACCACACUCUUUAGAAAUGUUAUUGUGGCUCACAGAUUUGUGAGAUCCAAUGGAUGUGAAGGGAGAAAUGGCACUGAUUGAUGUCACAUAGCGACAGAGUAGUGAUGUAUGCAAGUAAUGUCCCAACCGCUCUGAUUGGCUUGAUAUGUACAGAAUAUCUCAAUUAAACACAUCAUCUGAAGAUAUUUGCAGUAUAGUCAGUCUGCUGCGGUGGUUAAUCGAAAGAACUGAGACACAACAGCCGAUGAAAAGACAGGAGAGAGGUUUCUGUACAGAGUACAAAAUAAUAAUCAAAUUUGUCCUGCUGUCUAUCUGAAGGAUCAAUUAGGAGCAUGCAGCUCUCAAAGACUGCAGUGAAAUAGAAGUUUCACAAAGGAGCUCUGAAAUGUAUAUUGUAGGCUUCGUGUGAGCUGUUUUUGAAUCCCUACUUUUUUUUUCUUUUUUUUUGUAUUAUUCUUUAAGCUGCAUAACAUAUUUCUAAGGAUUAUUUUUGUUUUAUCUGUUGUGAGUCACUGGAAGGGUAUCAUAGAUCAUUUGUCAUAUUUUUAUCUUUGAAAUUCAUCUGAAUGAUAAUUCUCACACUGUAAGACCGACCUUCACUCCACUGCUGUAGCCAGAAUUACACUUAUGCAGGAGUAAUUUUUGCUAUGCUAAUGUUUAAGGAACACGUUGUCUUCAUAUAGUGAUUUGCCAGAUGUAUGACUUCAUUUCUGCGUCAGCUGACUGUAUAUUUGCAUUUAUAUACCUGGGUGAGUGUCUGUACAUGGCAGAUGGCAUUAGUUAGUCAUAUAACUUCUUGUUUCUUCAUGGAUGAAAUGACAUGUAUUCAGCAAAGCAUUCUGUGAUGAUUCAUUCCUGUAUUCAAUAGAUAUGUAUUUAUUACUGUAUUGAAAACACAUAAUUUAUUUUUGAAAAAUAUUUUUAAAGCAGUGUUUAGAAUUUUAGAUUAAUUACUCUCAUUCCUGAUUAGGAAAUAGGUUGAGUUUUUUUCUACUUCCCUGCUGCACUGUCUUUCAGAUAACGUUACUGAAAUGUGUGAGUUGUUUGCGAUAGUAUUUGCAAAUCAAUUCUCAUACUUU